UCAUUAACUGUUUUUGAAAUUUUAUUUUUCCCUGUAAAUGGAAUCUUUAAGUAAUUAUUUCGGUCUUGAAUCCAGAUUCCAGAACGCGUUGCUGUUGUAUUUGAGAGGUUGACAGUGUUUGAAGAAUAUUCUUUAGAUACACGUUCCUUUCCGUCCUUUUUUCCCCUCCAGCUUUAAGCUAACAAUCGUUCACCAAAGGCAGCGAGAUUCCAAAUUAUCUAGUCCUUUGUUCUCUUGCUUUGGCUUUAAAACUCCAAAGUUCACAAGCUCACGCUCAUAUUCGUUUUUGCUUUCAAACUUUGCAGUCCAACCCAUAUCCACAAAAGGGAGUAGAGUAGCCAUGACCAUUGCCGAUGAAAGUGGAGGCCUUCCUGUGAAGCUUGAGGGAAAGUAUAAAGCAUUGCUAGUCUGUUGGAUUCUUGGACUAGGGUCCCUUGUUUCAUGGAACAGUAUGCUGACUAUAGGAGAUUACUACUACAAAUUGUUCCCGGAUUACCAUCCUUCAAGGGUACUUACCCUUGUUUAUCAACCAUUUGCAAUUGGGUCAAUAACAAUACUAGCAUACAACGAGUCGAGGAUUGAUACCAGAAAGCGAAAUUUGGCUGGAUAUGUUCUCUUCACUGCAAGUACUUUCUUUCUGAUAGUUUUGGAUUUGGCAACAUCUGGGAGAGGAGGAAUUGGACCUUAUUUAGGUAUAUGUGCACUCGUUGCUUGUUUUGGGAUCGCUGAUGCCCUUGUUCAAGGUGGCAUGGUUGGAGAUCUGUCUUUCAUGAGCCCUGAAUUUAUCCAGUCCUUCCUCGCUGGCUUGGCUGCAGCAGGUGCUUUAACCUCUGCUUUGAGGCUUAUCACAAAAGCUGCUUUUGAUAAAGCUCAUGAUGGCCUUCGCAAGGGGGCUAUGUUAUUUCUUGCAAUCUCCACAUUCUUUGAGUUCAUCUGUAUUGUUCUCUAUGCAAUUGUCUUCCCUAAAUUGCCAAUAGUUAAGUACUAUCGCAAAAAAGCAGCCUCGGAAGGAUCAAAAACUGUAUCAGCUGACCUUGCAGCCGGGGGGAUCCAAACACAGCCAGACCAGGUAAUUGAAUAUGGAGAAAAACUACAAAGAUUGAGCAAUAAGCAAUUGCUUCUACUAAAUUGGGACUAUGCGUUAGACUUGUUUCUGAUAUAUGUGCUUACACUCUCAAUUUUCCCUGGUUUCUUAUAUGAAAAUACUGGACAUCACCAGUUGGGGUCAUGGUACCCACUAGUUCUGAUCGCAAUGUACAAUGUGUUUGAUUUAAUAGCAAGAUACAUCCCGCUUGUGAAAAGCGUGAAGUUGGAGUCGAGAAAAGGCCUUAUGAUUGCAAUUCUUUCUCGGUUCUUGCUCAUUCCAGCAUUCUACUUCACUGCAAAAUACGGUGACCAGGGUUGGAUGAUAAUGCUAAUUUCCUUCUUGGGUUUGUCAAAUGGUUAUCUCACUGUCUGUGUACUUACAACAGCACCUAAAGGCUUCAAGGGACCGGAACAAAAUGCCUUGGGUAAUUUGCUUGUGUUGUUCCUUUUAGGAGGCAUAUUUGCAGGUGUUUCUCUCGAUUGGUUGUGGAUCAUUGGCAACGGGAAAUUUUGAAGAGAUAAUUACUUGUGUAGCUAAUAAUGUUUAAGGAAAUGGGGUUUCUGGGACAUUAAUGUAAAUUUUGCAUGAUAGAAAAUGAAUAGGAAGCAGAUAUUUUGACUCCAUGAAGGACUAUUGGGUUUGUGUGUAUGGUUCAUUUAUUUAAAGCUGACGAUUAAAAAUAGUUUAUCUAAAAAAAGAUAUUUAAAUUUGUGUA